AAGAUCGAUGUCUCAUAGCUUGGUUGGUCUACACUCUGUUUGUGCAUUUAGUAACGCCUGAUGUGUUCAACUCUUACCGUUCGUUGAAGCCUGGGGCUUUAAAACUGUUAAAAAGUUGUGAAAGUGGCUAACUCCGUGUGCUAGCUGCAGCAGGAAGGCGGAGCAGGAUUGGUUCACCGGCAGCACCAUGGAGGAGGAAGCCGAGCCAGAGCCCCUCUUCCCCUCAGACAGCUACGCCGCCGAGGCCUUGGCAGCGGACAUGGACCCCUGGAUCGUGUUCGACGCCAGAAGGACUCCCAGAUCCGAGUUUGACGGCUGGCUGGAGAGCAACAGACCAUCACAGGUGCACCGCUUCGGUAACGAGCAGAGCGGCCUGGGUCCGGUGGGCUGGAUCUCCAUACUGGGUCCCAACCACACCCCUGACCCGGAGGACGUGACGGGCCUCCAGGAGAGCUGGGAGAAGCUGCUGGCGAGUUCCCGGCCGGUCACCUUCCAGACCGUGAAGGAGCUGGCCCUCAACCACAGGGUGUUGUCCGGGAAGUGGCUCAUGUACCUGGACACCGGCUUCAAAGUGGAUCACGCGUGGGAGUGCGUGGCCAGAGCGACCUUAGAUGGCAGAAUCCGCAGCGCUAAAGUGAGUCCCUAUGAUCCCAACGGUGAUCCCAGGCAUGUGAUAUGCGUCUAUAACCAGGACUUCACAGAUGAAGGGGAGGUUGUUGGGCUGGACUCCUUCAUCCGGGCCUCAGGGGUCAAAUGUCAGCUCUCCUAUAAGCCAGAUGUUUACACCUACCUGGGAAUCUACAGGAACAACCGCUGGAAGCUCUGCCCCACCAUCUAUGAGAGCAAGUUUGACUUGGAGUGCGUUCCCAGGCGCUCCCACAUCAUCAACAAAGUCACCAACCUGGAAGUCACAUAAAGGAGAAAAGGCCUUUUCUGGACCCGUUUGAUGGGAUAUAAUCUCAGAUCAUUUUUCUUUUCUGUUAAAACAAACAUUUAAUGCAUAUUUUCUGACUUCUUUGUCUGGUUUCAGGUUGGAUUUAAAUACACAAUUUCAGUUUACUUUCACCAACUUAGAGAGCUUAAAAUCCAACAUUUAAGAGUUCAGUGUUUACAAAUAAAAACACGCAUUUGAAAACA